CCCCGCCGCUGCCUACACAUCCCAGCAGCCCGGGGAGCGGAGCUGCACCCCGCCUGGCUCCUCCAGCUUCCUGCCAGCGCGGGGAGGGGGAAAUAUAAACGGCGGCGUCUUGGGCAAAGUUUGGCUGCUGCCACCAGACAGGCUGCGCCGGGAGUGGAGGCAGCGCUUGCGGAGGAAAGUCGAAGAUGGCAGAGCCCGAAAGCACAGUCAUAAACACCCACGUGAAACAGAAAGAUCCCAGCGAGGCACUGGUCAUUGCAGUGACCACCAGAGCCAUCUUUGACCUAGAGGAGGAGCACAAGCUCUAUCUGGAGAAAGGCAAGGAGGAGUACACGAGGCAUCAGCAGGCCAACCAGGACAAGCUCCUGCCUCCGGGCACAGCCUUCGCCUUCAUCCAGGCAGCACAGUAUGUGAAUGAGAAGAUCCUGGAGAGCAACCCAGCAGAGAAAAACCUCUUUGACAUCCUGGUGCUCUCAAACAACAGCCCAGAAAGCGGCGUGCGCAUUGUCAACAGCGCCAAGCACUACGGCCUGGAGAUCUCAAAGUUCUGCUUCGUCAGCGAUGAGGACUCCACGCAGUACCUGAAAUCUCACAGCGUCAAACUCUUCCUCUCAGCUGACAGGACAGAUGUCUGCAAUGCCCUCCAGAGAGGGGUCUCGGCAGCGCUCGUCUUCCAGCAGGAUGUGCAGGCCCCCAGCACCCCCCUCCGCGUGGUGUUUGAUGGGGACGCUGUGCUCUUCUCCGACGAGACAGACCAGGUCUUCCGGGAGCAGGGGCUGGAGGGGGCAGUGCAGUAUGAGCGGGCGAUGGAGGCCGUGCCCAUGGGAGAGGGUCCCCUGAAGGCUUUUGCCAUGCACCUUGGGAAGAUACGCAAGAAGUUCAGCCAGGAAGAAUCUCCCAUCCGUACCUACCUGGUGACUGCCCGCAGUGGUCGGGACAUGGGCAUCCGAGCCAUCAAGACGCUCCGGGAGUGGGGUCUGGCCAUUGAUGAGGCUUUCUUCAUGGAUGGGGCUCCCAAGGGCCCCAUCCUCGCCCAGAUCCAGCCCCACAUUUUCUUUGACGAUGGCCUUCAUAACAUACAUGGAGCUCAAGAUGUGGGUGUACCUUCUGCCUGGGUCCCUUCCUGUUGCUGAUGGGCUGCAGGCUGGCAAAACUCCCUCUCAGCAACACAAAGGACUGGGCCAGGUGAAGGCAAACCUGCUGGUGGAGAGGGAAGGAUGUCCUAACCUGCAGCAAGCAAGCCUCACGGAAAGGGUACAAGAGCGUUGCAUGAGAGCACAGGCUACCAGGCUCAACUUGAUGCUCAUUUCUGCUCCUGAUAUGAGGUUUUUUAGUCCUUAGGAUAAAGCCAAUAAAUGCAACUACUCCAGGAAGGAAGGACACCUUUGCUGUGACACUGAGGACUAUCACCUGUCUACCCAGUAGGAGCUAGGGACUUUUUUGCAGAGAAAUAAAUGAAACUAUUGCCCCACAUGAACUAAAGGAAGCAUGAAACGAAGCACUAAAAAUGCUAGCUUUGGCUGUGCACAGACAGUCUCCAAGGUUUAUGCCCAGGACCUCUGCCCAAAGGAAGCCCUCAAGUCUCUGCUUCACCAGACAUAUGCAGCUUGGAGGCCGAUGUGCUAGCAAGUCCUUCAGACAGCUCCAGCCAAACUCGGCAGAGGGAGAAAGACUUCAAAGCUGUAAAGGACCUACAAACUUUUAAGAAAUGGGUGACCGGGUUGAAGAAAGAAAGCCCAAGCUGUUCCCCCUUAUAGAUGAGAUUAUAGCACAUGUCACCUUUCCUUAGGCAUACAGGCUGCUCACAAAGUGCCCUUAGGAAACCCAGACCUGUAGGACACUCAGCUCCUGGACCUGCAGGAGAUGGCCCAGGGACAAGGCUGCAACCCAAGUCUGAGCUCCAUCCAGGGGACAGAGCUGCCAUGUAGCUCCAGCAUCCUGCCAGGAGAGGGCACAAGAGAGGGGCUGCCUGUAACACCAGCCAUGCAGGGGCCAGGGCAGGAUUGGGUGCCUGGGCGUGAGCUUCAGUGGGUCUCCAGGGCCAUGGGAGGAGGGCAAGGGUAGGGGUCCUGGAGCACUGGAACAGGCUGCCCAGACAGGUUGUGGAGUCUCCUCUGGAGACAUUCAAACCACACCUGAAUGCAUUCCUGUGUGAUCUGCUCUAGGUGAACCUGCUUUAGCAGGUGGGUUGGACUAGAUGACCUCCAGAGGUCCCUUCCAACCACAAAUGUUUUGUGAUUCUGUAUGACUGUUCAGGGCCUAUGGGGUCUAUGGGUGUGCUCAGGAGCCUGCCUGGCACCAAGCCACGCACUGUGCACUGGUGCCUCUCCUCCAGCAGUUUGGACUCUGCUCCUAAUUUUCCUGGGGAGCAAGCAGUGCCCCAGGAUUCAUUUGCAGGUUUCUUUCCCCAGAGCUAGAUGCGAGCAGUUGCCACUAGAGGCCACUGUGCUGCCUGGGGAUACGGCAGCCCGGAAACCCCAGGAGCUUCCCAAAGCCACUUCAUAAUAAAAUACAAACUGGCUGCUUGGGCCAGUGCCUGCUGGGUGGCAGUGGGAUUAGGGACCGAGGAGAUAAAGAGGAUGGUGACUUAGUUUUUUUAAUCUCAGCACAAUGAGAAAGUAAUUUUUCUUUAAAGUCUUCACAAGUGUCACUCGCCAAUGCUUUUUUCUCCCCAAUAAAUAAAUAAAUGAGCAUCCCCAUGUGA